AUGAUUCGACGCCCGGCCGAGCCCCGGGCUCCGGGGGCGCAGCCCGAGACGACGGCGAUGCCGGACGCCGCGCAGCUGCCCUCGCGCCUCAUCAAGGCCGCCUCGCCCGACCUGGCGAAGCCACGGGCGACGGCCAUCUCGUACCACUACGCCACCCGGGAGAGCCGCGUGAGCCGAGGCAGCGUGGACCACUCCAGCGCGGGCGGAAGCCGCAGCCCGCGGGCGCGGAGCCGUGAGCUCUGCCCGCUGCUGCACCACGCCCUGCUGAAGGAGAUGCGAAGCAUUUGCAAGCAUCUGCGCCUCGACAUCAAGGACGACGUCCGCCAGCUGCUGCAGCAGAAGCAGGAGGUGCGAAGUGAGGUGAAGGCGAAGGCCCGUGAUGAAAGCUGGCCUCUCGACAGGCCCACACUGCCCAACGCGGUGGAUGGCGACCUCGAGGUCGAGGACUUCCUGCCGCAGCCGGAGGUGAAGGGCCUGGGCCGCUUCGCCUGGGAGUCCCGGGAGCCUUCGAAGAACCAGCAGAGUCCCAGAAAGAGCUCAGAGGAGCUGGUCUUUGCCCAGCGCACGCCCGCGGUGCCGCUGGAGAAGAGCCGCUACCUCUCCUCGGUGGCCGCUGGAUCUGAACCCUGGGUCUACGACCAGCUGUGGGCGGCUGGGCUCACCUUGCGUCAGGGCUUUGUGGAGGCCCCCGGCAGUCGCGGCCCGCGCUUCCUCUACGCGGCUCAGCUGAAAGUGCCGAAAGUGGACGCCACGGGCGCCCCUUCUGGCCCGGAAGUCUGCACGGAGCUGCCGAAGAAGAAGGCCGGCGCUGUGCGCCUGGUGCUGGUGUCCGAUACCCACGAGCGACAUGCUGGCCUGGUACUGCCAGCCUGUGACGCCGUGCUCCAUUGCGGCGACAUCUUGGCGUGCAGCCGCAUGGCCACGCAGCGCCACGCCGAGGCGGUGCUGAAGGACUUCGGGGACUGGCUCCGCACGGCGGACACGGGGAAGUGCGCGCGCUUCGUGAUCGCGGGCAACCACGACUUUUGGAUCGAGGAGUUGGGCAAGGAGAGGGUUCAGGAGCUUCUCGGGGAGGAGGUGCAGUACCUGGAGUUCACCUCGGGCUCCUUCGAGGUCUCGGACGGCGCCGGCGCUAAGUUGGUCUCGGUCUUUGGGGCCCCCAUCUCCGCCGGCAAGAGCAUGAACCGAGCCUUUCAGCAUCCGCAAGCCUUGGAGCAGCUUGAGUCGACGCAUUUGGAGUGUUGCGACAUCGCCCUGACCCACGGCCCGCUGUCGUCUCUCGUGAAGCGAAAGGCACAGCCGGCGAUCGGCCAGAUGUUGGCCCGGCUCAGGCCGAGCCUGCACGUGUACGGCCACAUUCAUGGCAUGUAUGGCCGCAUCUCGCGCAUCUCAGAGCAGCUCCAGGGCUUGUCCAUCAAUGCCUCGAUCAUGUUCAGCCACGGCAAGCUCAGAGGACAACGGCCGGAGAACCCGCCUAUUGUCUUCGACAUCAUGCUGCCGGAAAAGUCGGAGAAUUCCGUUUGA